CAAACCAAGGGAUCCUUUUCUUUUUGGAGUUUUCCUCCGAGCUCAUCGUCUGCUCCAUCCCGACCCACUCCGGGCUCCAGCACAGCACCGAGCGCGGAGGAGCGCUGCCGUUCAAGUGGCGGCAGCAACAGCAACAGCAGCAGCAGCAGCAGCAGCAGCAGCAGCAGCAGCAGCAGCCGCCGCCGCCUGAACACAGCCACGCCACAGCGCUCUGGCUCCUGAGCCCCACCGUGGGCUGAAGGCAUUGCAGGCAGCCCAUGGUCCUUGAGGAAGUGUGCAGAUGGGAUUGCCGUCCACAUGGAGAUAUGGAAGAGGACCAGGGAUUGGCACUGUGACCAUGGUCAGCUGGGGGCACUUCAUCUGCCUGGUCUUGGUCACCAUGGCAACCUUGUCCCUGGCCCGGCCCUCCUUCAGUUUAGUUGAGGAUACUACGUUAGAACCAGAAGAGCCACCAACCAAAUACCAAAUCUCCCAACCAGAGUCGUACGUGGUCGCCCCCGGGGAGUCGCUAGAGUUGCACUGCAUGUUGAAAGAUGCCGCGGUGAUCAGUUGGACUAAGGAUGGGGUGCACUUGGGGCCCAGCAAUAGGACAGUGCUUAUUGGGGAGUACUUGCAGAUAAAAGGCGCCACACCUAGAGACUCCGGCCUCUAUGCUUGUACUGCAGCUAGCACGAUAGACAGUGACACUUGGUACUUCAUGGUGAAUGUCACAGAUGCCAUCUCAUCUGGAGAUGACGAGGACGACACAGAUAGCUCCGAAGACUUUGUCAGUGAGAACAGGAACAACCAGAGAGCACCAUACUGGACCAACACAGAGAAGAUGGAGAAGCGGCUGCAUGCUGUCCCCGCCGCCAACACUGUAAAGUUCCGCUGUCCCGCUGGGGGGAAUCCAACGCCCACAAUGAGGUGGCUGAAAAACGGGAAGGAGUUUAAGCAGGAGCAUCGCAUCGGAGGCUAUAAGGUACGAAACCAGCACUGGAGCCUUAUUAUGGAGAGCGUGGUCCCGUCGGACAAAGGCAAUUACACCUGCCUCGUGGAGAAUGAGUACGGGUCCAUCAACCACACAUACCACCUGGAUGUUGUCGAGCGAUCACCACACCGGCCCAUCCUCCAAGCUGGACUGCCUGCAAAUGCCUCUGCGGUGGUCGGAGGGGACGUGGAGUUUGUCUGCAAGGUGUACAGUGACGCCCAGCCCCACAUCCAGUGGAUCAAGCACGUGGAAAAAAACGGCAGUAAAUACGGGCCUGAUGGGCUGCCCUACCUCAAGGUCCUGAAGGCCGCCGGUGUUAACACCACGGACAAAGAGAUUGAGGUUCUCUAUAUUCGGAAUGUAACUCUUGAGGAUGCUGGGGAAUACACGUGCUUGGCGGGUAACUCUAUUGGGAUAUCCUUUCACUCUGCAUGGUUGACAGUUCUGCCAGCGCCUGUUAGAGAAAAGGAGAUCACAGCUUCCCCAGAUUACCUGGAAAUAGCUAUUUACUGCAUAGGGGUCUUCUUAAUUGCCUGCAUGGUGGUGACCGUCAUCUUGUGCCGAAUGAAGACCACGACCAAGAAGCCGGACUUCAGCAGCCAGCCAGCUGUGCACAAGCUGACCAAGCGCAUCCCCCUGCGGAGACAGGUUUCGGCUGAGUCUAGCUCGUCCAUGAACUCCAACACCCCGCUGGUGAGGAUAACGACUCGGCUGUCCUCAACGGCAGAUACCCCAAUGCUAGCAGGGGUCUCCGAGUAUGAGUUGCCAGAGGAUCCGAAAUGGGAGUUCCCCAGAGAUAAGCUGACGCUGGGCAAGCCCCUGGGGGAAGGUUGCUUCGGGCAAGUAGUCAUGGCUGAAGCAGUGGGAAUCGAUAAAGACAAACCCAAGGAGGCCGUCACCGUGGCAGUGAAGAUGUUGAAAGAUGAUGCCACAGAGAAGGACCUUUCUGAUCUGGUGUCAGAGAUGGAGAUGAUGAAGAUGAUUGGCAAACAUAAGAACAUCAUCAACCUCUUGGGCGCCUGCACCCAGGAUGGGCCACUCUAUGUCAUAGUUGAAUAUGCCUCGAAAGGCAAUCUCCGGGAAUACCUCCGAGCUCGGAGACCACCUGGCAUGGAGUACUCCUAUGACAUUAACCGAGUUCCUGAGGAGCAGAUGACCUUCAAGGACUUAGUGUCCUGCACCUACCAGCUGGCUAGAGGCAUGGAGUACUUGGCUUCCCAAAAAUGUAUCCAUCGAGAUUUGGCAGCCAGAAACGUGUUGGUGACAGAGAACAAUGUGAUGAAGAUAGCAGACUUUGGCCUGGCCAGGGAUAUCAACAACAUAGACUAUUACAAAAAGACCACAAAUGGGCGACUUCCAGUCAAGUGGAUGGCUCCUGAAGCCCUUUUUGAUAGAGUUUACACCCAUCAGAGUGACGUCUGGUCUUUUGGGGUGUUAAUGUGGGAGAUCUUCACUUUAGGGGGCUCGCCCUACCCAGGGAUUCUGGAGGAACUUUUUAAGCUGCUCAAGGAGGGACACAGGAUGGACAAGCCCGCCAACUGCACCAAUGAGCUGUAUAUGAUGAUGAGGGACUGUUGGCAUGCUGUACCCUCACAGAGACCCACAUUCAAGCAGUUGGUGGAAGACUUGGAUCGGAUUCUAACUCUCACAACCAACGAGGAAUACUUGGACCUCACUCAGCCUCUCGAACAGUAUUCUCCUAGUUAUCCCGACACAAGGAGUUCUUGUUCUUCAGGGGACGAUUCUGUGUUUUCUCCAGACCCCAUGCCUUAUGAACCCUGCCUGCCUCAGUAUCCACACAUAAACGGCAGUGUUAAAACAUGAGCGAAUGUGUCUUCCUGUCCCCACAUGGGACAGCACCAGGAACCUACUGACACUGAGCAGAGAGGCUGUGCCUCCGGAGCGUGUGACACACCUCCCCUUGUACAUAUGGAUCAAAGAAGAAGUAAAUAAUGGGAAGCAUAUUUGGCACAUGUGUAAAGAUUUAUACGGUUGGAAACAUGUCACCUUCCCAGGAGAGGACGAGUAUUUCCUGAUAAGUGGACAGUCGCAAGCCACCACGCCAUCCUCUCCCCCACCGUGUGUACUGGGGUGCACCCCAGUAGGACUCGAGGCAGACACGUGUUCUGCCUUCCCUUGUUAAUUUUGUAAUAAUUGGAGAAAAUAUAUGUCAGCACAUACUUACAGAGCACAAAUGCAGUAUAUAGGUGCUGGAUGUAUGUAAAUAUAUUCAAAUUAUGUAUAAAUAUAUAUUAUAUAUUUACAAGGAAUUAUUUUUUGUAUUGAUUUUAAAUGGAUGUCCUGAUGCACCUAGAAAAUUGGUCUCUCUUUUUUUAAAUAGAUAUUUGCUAAAUGCUGUUCUUAGAAUUUCUUAAUUUUCACCGAGCAGAGGUGGGAAAAUACUUUUGCUUUCAGGGAAAAUGGUGUCACAUUAAUUUAUUAACCAAUUGGUAAUAUACGAAACGAUUAAUCAUUUAUAGGGUGUUUUUUUGUUUUGUAAUUUAAGUGACAUUUCUAUGCAGGCAGCACAGAAGACUAGUUAAUCUAUGCUUGGACUUAACUGGUUAUUGGAUCCUUUGAGAAGAGAAAUAUUUACGAUAUAUGACUAAUUUGGGGGGAAAUGAUGUGUUUGAUUUAUCUGUAUUUCAACUCUGCUGUCCGAUGAUUAUGUUUAGACACCUCACUGCCCACUUACAAGAAACCUGUUAAGCUCUGUCACCCCAGUGUAUCAUGUAAACAGACGUCCCAAGACAAAUGGUACCAGCGUCCUCCUCCCAAGAUGCCUUAAUCUACUCUCUGGGGACAGACUUCCACUGGAAUGAUAGCAGGGUGGGUUCUGUCUGGCAGCUGGCCUUCUGCCUGAGUUACACGUCCAUCACACUAGCCUCGCUUCUCCUCCGUGAGUUUUGAUAACAGUUUCAGGUUCUUCAGCAUCAGAAACCCCUUUGGGGCUCUCAGAAUAUCACAAUCUCAGUACUACUCUGCUGGGAAUUUGGGAGCUCCUUCUGUCUUAAGGGUUUGCUUCUGGCUUCCGCCUUUGUCAGACAAGACCUCACUGAAAGAUCUGGCUUAAUCGCUACAUCCAACAAGAUGGUGGUUAUUGUUGAUUUCCAUAUUCAAGGAUUGUGUUUGGCUUUGGAUACACCCACUCACUUUGCUACAGUUGUGCGAAAUGAAUGCAGAUUACACUGAUUUUAUGUGUUUUGAAAUUGGAGAAAGUAUUUAAUAAGACCUGUUAAUUUUUAUACUGACAAUAAAAAUGUUUCUACAGAUAUUAAUGUUAACAAGACAAAAUAAAUGUCAUGCAGCUUAUUUUUUUAA